AUGCGAACAAAGCAAUUAGUCGAAUUUCAGAAGCAAGAUCGUUCGUAUGAGUAUGUCCUACAUCAGCAGUCACUGCCAGUGUCUACAAAGAAAUUGAUCUCACUUCCACCGCUCAUCAAGACUACGCUCCAACCGACGACUGAUGCAUUAGCUGAGAAAUCCGCAAUUUUCACACAUAUGAUGUUGGAGUCUCCACCACCUGUAGUUGUCUCUACAUUGAUGUUUUCAUAUCAAGACAAGUCCACCAACCAAUUGGUCCGACCUCUUCCCCAUUUAAAUGACGUGAGUCCUACCAAAUUGAUGUCACUGCAUCAUAAUAACCAAAAGCGCACGUGUUUUCCAAAGAAAUGUGACUUUCCAAUGUGUAAGAACAGCUCGCGCAGUCGUGGCUUCUGUUACAGUCACGGUGGAGGUAGGCGCUGCCGAGUGAAUGGCUGUAAUAAUGGCGCCGUCAGUCGUGAUCUAUGCAAGCGCCACGGAGGUGGUCGUCGCUGCCGCAUUGCAGGAUGUACAAGUAGCUCUGAGAGCGGUGGUCUGUGCUACAGCCAUGGUGGAGGGCGCCGCUGUAAUCUCUCGUGGUGUUCAGCGCGUGCGAAGAAGGGUGGCUAUUGUGCCGUACAUCUCACGGGUGACCGGACGCCACCAGCUGAUACUUUUUCAACUUCAACUUCAGAUAGUUCGUCAUCGACCGAUGUAAAUAUUGUCGAGACUCUCUUGUUACUGGCCAAUGACCAGAAAAAUGUUACGCAGUUAUUGUCAAUGUCGAAAGAAGCAUCAGUCUCGUCAUUCAACACUAUCAAGCGCGCCUAUGAUAUCGCGUCACUACUUAAUUAA